AUGCUGAUGGCUGCACAUUUCCCUUCCAUGCAGAUUAGUGAUGCUGAUGAUUAUCUCGAAAGGACUUUCCAGAGUCCUGCUUCUGUUAAAGCAGCAAACCUGAUUCGUGAUACUGUUAUUGAUGCUGGGAAGUUUGAUGGCUCAUUAGGUAUAAUUUCUUCAAUAUCUGCUCUGAAGGUUUUGAAGAUGACUAAUAGAUUGGUGAAACUUAGGAGGCCAGUUGAGGUAGUAGCAUUUAGUGAUGAGGAAGGAGUCAGGUUUCAGACAACAUUCUUGGGAAGUGCAGCUAUUGCUGGCGUAUUGCCGGUCUCGGUGCUUCAGAUAAAUGAUAAGAGUGGUGUGACAGUGCAAGCUGCUUUAAAGGAAAACUCAAUUAAAACAACAGAGGAGAACCUUUUGCAGCUGAAAUAUGAUCCAGAGUCUGUUUGGGGAUAUGUCGAGGUUCAUAUUGAACAGGGCCCUGUUCUUGAGAAUGUUGGUCUUCCCCUUGGUUUGGUGAAAGGUAUUGCUGGACAGACUCGAUUGAAGGUGACUGUUAGAGGUUCACAGGGACAUGCAGGGACUGUUCCAAUGAACAUGCGGCAGGACCCUAUGGCUGCUGCCGCAGAAUUAAUUGUUUUGCUGGAGAGUCUUUGUAAACAACCGGAAGAUUAUCUGUCUCAUGAUAGUCAAUGUCAAGCCUCUGAGGUUAAGUCUCUUGCUGGAUCUCUUGUUUGCACUGUUGGGGAAAUAUCGACCUGGCCAAGUGCCAGCAAUGUCAUUCCCGGCCAGGUAACAUUCACUGUGGAUUUGCGUACUAUUGAUGACAUGGGACGAGAAGCGAUUCUACAUGAACUGUUUAAUAGAAUGCAACAUAUAUGUGAUCGUCGUUCAGUUCUUUGCACAAUUGAACGCAAGCAUGAUGCAAAAGCAGUAGUUUGUGACCAUGAAUUGAGUUCACAACUGAAAUCUGCAGCUUAUGCUGCCGUGAAUAGAAUCACUGGUGAGUAUGCUUUUGAUGUGCCUGUACUGAUGAGUGGUGCUGGACACGAUGCGAUGGCAAUGGCGCAUCUAACUAAGGUGGGGAUGCUCUUUGUCCGUUGUCGUGGAGGCAUCAGCCAUUCUCCUGCUGAAAAUGUUUUGGAUGAUGAUGUAUGGGCCUCGAGUAUGGCUGUGCUUGCCUUCCUAGAGACCUUAUUGUCACAUUAUAACCAGCAUCUUCCUUCUUUUAACCAUCCUCUGUAA